UCCUUCUGACUUCCAUGCCUGCAGUUUCGACGAAUGAGAGGCCUGGAAUCUUCAGAUGCGGAAUAAAACAUGAGAUGGCAGAGAUCCUCCAUUUAAUGUAACAAUGUACCAUGCAUAUAAUCGUGCUAUGACUUUUUACUCCCACGUUUCAUUAUUUCAUUAUUUUCUCAAUUGCGUGCUACUUCCUCGGACUAGGUCAAUAUAUUAUCACUUUUUAGUUGGAAAUCUGAAGCAUGCAGCAUCUUUUCUAAAUCUAUUCCUCAACAAUAAAUGGAGGCAUAUCGACUACAUUGUAAAUUAUUGUAAACUGUUGGGUCUCUUUUGGGUUAAAAUGCAUAACAGGAAGGGUAAAAACUAUUCAUUUGUCGGAGUACAUUUUCUGGUAUCAUUUAAAAGGAAAUAUUGGGAGUACCUCUGCAUCAAUUAAUUUCUUUGUUCUGUGUACAUACGGAACUAAUGUGUUCAUGCCCAAGUGAUCCACCAGAAGGAACAGAAUUCACCAAUCCGACAAAUCUAUACUUCUACGGUGACGUGUUGACUGUCUCAUGCCGUGAUUCGUCAGCUUCUACUUUGUGGAUCUGCCUUAGUAAUAACAAUUGGAGCAAACACGAGCUAGUCUGUACAACAGACUCAUCAAAGCAGACUCUGGUAAUGAUUUCUGCAUUGCUUGGAGUACUUCUCCCUGUCUUCAUCAUCACAUGUGCUUUAUUCAUAAUAUAUCGUCAUCGGACUGGUUCUGCUAAGCUGAAUACGAACAACAGCUCCGUUCGAAUGACAGGAGGAGAGGUUCAUUUUGAAGAUGGUGGAAUCAGUAAUCCAAGCCUCGAAAAUGUCUCUGCGGACACCAACUACAAUGGAGCAGAAAACUUGCCUAAAAAGGACGCCCUCAACGAAGAGGAUUUAGAUCUGAACGUGGGUGGGCCGCUCGCAUCCAAUGAUACUUAUUUGGGCACAUUAGAUAACGUGCCCCUCCAUCCGCCUACCUAUUCCGAAGCUUAGUGACCCUUUUGAAAUACCUACUUAUACCGACACAAAGUGACCCCUCCGACAACUUUUUUAUUCCGAAACUUAAUGACCCUUUAAAAAAUCUUCUUAUACCGACCGACACUUAGUGACCCCUUCAACCACCUUCCUAUUCCGAAGCUUAGUGACCCUUCCAAAAAAUCUUCUGAUACCGACACUUAUAGUGACCUCUUGAACAAAUUCCUAUCCAGAAUCUAAGUGACUCCUUUCAACCACCUUCCUAUUUAGAAAUUACUGACCCCUUCCAAAAACCUUCUUUUACUGACACAUAUAGGAACCCCUCAAACCGCCUUCCUAGUCCGAAACCUAGUGGCCCCUUCCGAAAACCUUUGAAUACUGACCGACACUUAGUGAGCCUUCCUAUUUGGAAACUUAUUUACCCCUGCCAACCACUUUCCUAUUCGAAAACUUGGUUUAAAUUUGAAGAAAAUAAUGAAAGAUUUACUACUGAACAACAAAAUAUUUACUCAGAAGCUAACCUCGAUUAGCAUGUUGAUAUUGUUUAAUUAGCUCUAGUUACCAAAUAAUAUGUAUGUAUAUUGUAUUGAAUAAAAAUGAAGGUAUAUGUUGGUGAUUCGGUAAUAAAUUCAAACUUCAGAUACGUAGUUAUGUUUAAAUUGAGGAUCAGCUGAAGCUAAGUAGAAAGCGGUGGGUUUGAGAACAUGAAUUUAAUUUAAUUAUCAAACCAUAUACAUGUAAAAAGAAAAAAACAUACAAUAGAAAAUAGAAUAAAAGCAAUUAUAUGGUUAGGACCACAAAGCAGAUUGCUCAUAAAAAUGCCACCACUUAACACAAAUUAAAUAAGAUUUAGUCACCAUACCCACUAACACACACACACGCACACGCACACACACAAAAUACUGCAUAUACACAUACCUACACGAAAUACUGUAUUGUAUCGUAAUUGUAUUUACAUGCACGUGAAUCGAUAUAAGCUAUUUUGGCGUCCCUUAAAGAAUAAUGCAUUAGAAAUAUAUAUUACGUUCAGAUAUAUUCGAUUUAUCCAAACUGUACAUUUUUGGGAUUACUUUGAAUUAAAAAUUUAUUUUUAUAUUGUGUGAUUUUGUUUUAUGUUGACCAAUAUGUAUAUAAUGCACGGUGGACAUUAUCAACACAUUCUCCGUAUGGGAUAAAGGGAUUUCUCAAUAUCAUUGCUGAAAUAUAUUAAUUGUAAACUUAUAGUAAUUUUUUACUGAGGAAUGAGGUUUAUAAUGGGUUUAUCAUAUAUUAAGAAUUGUUAUACGAAACCGCAAUAAUGUUAUAACCAAUUUAUAAUCGGAAUAAAGCUUUUAAAAGUCUUUUCAUUCUUUUGACGUCAAAGUCUUCUCUUUUUUAAAGUUUUGAAAUAGUACGUCCUUUCUAUUACGUUAUUCACUCGUAGACUUACAUUUAACUGUUUUGACUAUUCAUAUUUUAUCGAAGUUUGUUAAACCAAAAGGAUAGUGCAUUACUUUGCUUAAAAUUGUGUUUUUAUUUUCAUUCUUACAAAUUGUUAUCCUCUGUCGUUGCAUUGUUGAAAUGAAGUAGUCACCUUAUAUAUCAAGUGAUUUCAAGGAAAACAAUAUAUUUGCUCGCACGGUA